GAAAUCCGAUUUGGAGAUAAUGACACACUAUCAGCCAUAACGGCAGGAAUGGUGAAUGCAGACUAUUUGUUCUUGAUGACAGAUGUCGAUUGUCUUUAUACUGAUAACCCGCGUACAAAUCCUGAUGCCGCUCCUGUUGAGAUUGUUGAUGAUAUUGGCGCACUCAGAGAAAAGGUAACGGUUUCUACACCCGGGAGCUCAUUGGGCACAGGUGGAAUGACCACAAAGCUCAUAGCAGCUGAUCUAGCGACAGCUGCGGGAGUCGUUACAAUCAUUAGCAAAGGAUCAAAUCCAAAAAAUAUCAUUACCAUACUCGAACAACUGACAAUAGAUCCACUAGCCACUGCAUCCUCCAACCCGUCUAUGCCUUUACAUACACGAUUUAUGAAAAAAUCCAAUGCUACCGUGGAUCGUAAAUGGUGGAUUCUUCAUGGACUACAUACAGCUGGCGCCAUAUAUAUUGAUGAAGGAGCUGCGCGUGCAGUGUCUAAUGCUAAACAAAAGAACAGUUUGUUUGCAGCUGGUGUUACAAAAGUUGAGGGCAAUUUCGUUGCCAAUCAGGCUGUCAGUAUAGUAUGUCAACGGGAUAACGAAACUGUCCAAGUCGGAAAGGGUCUGGUUAAUUAUUCGUCAAGUGAGAUUAGUAGAAUCAAGGGCAUACAGA